AUGUCGACCACGUAUUUAGACUAUGAGAAGAUCAUAACGCCCGGCAAGUCGACAUUCCCCAUCCUCAAGUCGCCUGUGCAAGAGUCGCGAAGAUUGUUCGCGGACAACGUACAUGAACACAACGCACAUGACACCCCGCCAAAGCACUCCUUGAAUCAGGCUACAUCCAAGGUGACGCUUCACCGAUCUACAUCUCGUAUUUCUCGAAAUUCUCGAAAUUCUCUUCAUCCAUCUACUUCCCGAACCUGUCGUGAUUCUCAAUACCGAUCUGAUUUGCGGAAAUCUAUCCAUUCACAUCAUCGGUCUGCCUCUCGAGACUCCAUCCGCUCUCACCAUUCUCAAGUCUCUUUGCAAUCUCACACGUCUCGAAGCUCUUUCCGAUCAUUCAAUUCCAGAGUUUCGCGAAAUGUGGAUGAUCGCAACCUCGAGCUCCGAAACAGCGAUGAAGUAGACGAGAUUGAUGGUAUCAAGUUUUGGUGGAGCACCCUCUACCUCGAUGAUCGAAAACUUGGCCACUUCUACUGCCGUCAAGAACCACGUCUCGACACCCGCAAUUUCUUCCCGGGCAUGAUAAUCCGAGCGACGCAUGCGUAUGCUCAGACUGACCCCAAUGCUAUGCUCGGGGAUCGUCGCAUUGGCCUGCUUACCCAUGGACCCGUGCAAGCGAAGCUACGACCCAUGGUGGUGUUGCAUUCUACAAUUAGUGGUCCCACCUGCGCCACAAUGUUCAGUCUCACCACCCAAAUUGACAAGUUCAACUGGACAAAUGAGAGGCAGUGGGAGUGCCCCUUGAAAGAAAGGACCUACGUCAAUCUCAGUACACAAAUACAUGUCAGUACAAGAGAGUACGUGGAGACUGAUCAGGGUUACCUUUCUCCCGAUCAAUAUCACCGACUUAUCAACCUUCUCGAUUUCUAUCAGGAGGAGCGCGAGAUCAUUGCGUACAAGCAAUUCGGCGUGGACUACAAGUACCGUGGGAUUAGGCUGGCUGAUCAACGCGACCUUGGCAAUCAUGAACGUCUGGAGGACGAAGUAGUGAAGACCAGGAUACACAGCCUGCGCCCACAAAGAGACUCACGCUGGUUGAUUUGGUCUCUCAGAGACAAAGGCUGA